CGACUCCUUCUCCUACCCGCGAAAACACAACUCUGCAGGACGUGUCUUCGUUGCUACUUCUCUGAUUGCUGCUCGCCUCGUUGCUUGUCGUUGUCCCAAGAACGCCAGCAGCAUGGGUUCCGUGCUGUCUAGAUGCGCGUCAAGAGGAUCUUUGGAUACUUCUAGGCUCUCAGAGAGGGGGGAGAGGUUCCUCGACAAGCAGCCAAAUUGGCUCGUCCCGCCGACAUGGUGCAGGUCAGAGCGCUGCCCACAUCAACCAGUCCGCUACCGCACACCAACACCGUAUCCUAAAGACGACAGGAAAAGGACCGAAGAACACGGCAACACCGACACUACGGUAAUUUUGGGAAAGACAUCUGUCGUCGACACUCCGCUGGUCAGGCAUGUUGACAUAGCUGCUGCGCGUUCUCCUCGCCGUCACACUCCAACCCAUCCACAAAAGCCACGCAUCCAUAAGCCACAAAGUACGCCCAGGAUAUCCUGGGAACCGCCACCACGAUUGAAUCGGUUUGAGCGGGUGGCAUAAGGCACGGCACGACCAAUACGAGGGGUGGAGGGAACGCGCGGGAGAGAGACGGAGGCCAGCCGUCCUGGCA